UCGCUGCCAGUUUUUGUGAGCGACGUUCUUCAGAGGCGUAUCCACGGUCACAUCCUGGACGUCAUCAUAUGGAUGUCUUUGUCCUAACAGAUAAAUAACCAAGUCGCGACGCGUGUCGACCUCUACUGGUUGAACGGUGGCACUACAAGAAAGAAUUCCCAUCAUGCUUUGCAGUAGCCGCCGACCUGCUGGCUAGCAAUGCUAAGCUAACAGCCGUUAGCUCGAAGCAGCGGACAUGUUGAGCCAAGCUCUUCGGGUGUAAACAGAGAAGCGCGGGAAGCGUGUGAACAAGACAAAGGCGGUUGUCGGUGAGCGACGAUGGAGGCCGUCAACGCCUUCAACCACGAGUUGUUCUCCUUGAUGGACACGAAGCCCCCGAUAUCUCGGGCAAAGAUGAUCUCCAUCACCAAGUCUGCCAUCAAAGCUAUGAAGCUCUACAAGCACGUUGUCCAGAUUGUGGAGAAGUUCAUCAAAAAGUGUAAGCCUGAGUUCAAGGUGGCCGGCCUGUAUGUGGUGGACUCCAUCGUGCGACAGUCCAGGCACCAGUUUGGAGCAGACAAGGAUGUGUUUGGUCCAAGGUUCACCAAAAACAUCCUGGGAACGUUUGAAAACCUGUGCCUUUGCCCGGUGGAAGAUAGGAGCAAACUAGUGCGAGUCCUGAAUCUGUGGCAGAAGAACGGCGUCUUUCAGAGCGACAUCAUCCAGCCGCUGUUAGACAUGGCCGCUGGCUCUGGCAGCGCUGCAGCUUCCUUUCUCGACGCUGAUGAUCCAGUCCCCUCUCCUGCCCAGGAGCCCAUUUCAUCGCUGGAUGUCAACCCCACCAUGACUGCUGCUCCGCAGCUGCAGCAUUCGGAAGCCUUCGCUGCAGUCGCUCAGCUCUUCCAGUCCACGCAGGGUCAGCAGCUUCAACAGAUGCUGCAACACAUUCAUCAGCAGCCGUCGAAGCCUGAAAGCACUCCCCAGCCUCCAGUUCAGACCUUUCCAGUGCAAGUGCAGCAGCAGUUCCCCCCCCCGUCCACGGUGCAGCCCUCCCAGCAGAAGUCGGCCUUUGAUAAGAUACUGCUAGACCGCUUUGACUAUGAUGAUGAGCCCGACGCUGGGGAGGAGGCAAAGAAGGAAGACGUCCCAUCCCAGUCAGCCUUCGCGCCUCAGCCCCAGCCAGUAUUCACACGGCACAUGGAGAAUUUGAAGCCACUGUCUCACCAGCUGCUGCAACAGUCGCAGCCUCCAUUCGCGCCUAAUGGUCAGGCUCAAGGCUACGGUUUACCGCCCGGACAAGGGCUGCCACAUGUGAUGCCACACGCAGGUCAGGCCGCGCUCGGCCCGCCUCCUCCCGCCUCCAUCCUCCCGCCCACCUUCGCUGGAGGCUACCACCAGCAGAGCACGGUGCCACAGCAGCAGGACAUGGAGCGUGCGCCUGCGCGGGAUGGUCGCCACGGUGGAAGGUCCCACUCGGGAUCCAGGUCGCCGAAGCGAAGAAGGUCACGCUCCAAUUCUCGAACGCGGCGACCCAGGCACCGGCGUUCCCGCUCGCGAUCCAGGGACAGACGGCAUCACUCUCCGCGAUCCCGCUCCCAAGAGCGCCGGGAGAGAGAGAAGGAGCGAGAGCGGCGGCAGAAAGGCCUGCCGCCUCCCAGGAAGGACUCGCUCAGCGUUUGCAGCACCACCUUGUGGGUGGGUCAGCUGGACAAACGCACACAGCAGCAGGACGUUGCUUCGUUGCUGGAGGAGUUUGGCCAGAUCGACUCCGUCAAUAUGAUUCCUCCUCGUGGCUGCGCCUACAUUGUCAUGGUCCACAGGCAAGAUGCCUACAGAGCUCUGCAGAAGCUGGGCCGAGGCUCACACAAGGUCAACCAGAAAGCGAUCAAGAUCGCCUGGGCUUUAAAUAAAGGCAUCAAGCCCGAGUUCAAACAGUAUUGGGACGUGGACGUUGGCGCCACCUACAUACCCUGGAUGAAAGUGAAGGAAGAGCAGUUGGACGAGCUGAAAGAUGGAGCAAUGUUGGACGCGGACACCUUAUCACCAGAGUGGACUGCGACCAAGAGCAGUCUCCGGAUUCCCGAGCAGCUGAAUCAUAACGGAGGCUCGGAGCAGCAGCUGGAGGAGGUGGCUCCACCUGCCCAGGUGCUGCCACCUGCGAUGGCAGUGGCUCAUCUGCAGCCUCCCGUCUUCCCUGGCCCACUGCCUCCACCUUCCUACCAGCCAGGUGUGGUCCCGCUCGGCCUGCCGCCAGGUGUCCCGCCGGGCGUUCCUCCUCCUUUCCUCAGACCCGGCUUCAGUCCCAUGCAGAUGCCUCCAGGCUUCCUUCCAUUGGGUGCCAUGUCUCUCGGGCUGCCGCCUCCAUCUAAGAGUGGAGGUGAAGAUGCCGCGCUGAUGGCAGUCGGCUUGGCCAACAGGAAAAUGGAAGACGGCCCUGAGAUUCCCAGCCGCUUGAACCACCAGAUGGGACCAAUGGGCACGCAAGUUGCAGCACCCCCUGGUGGCCCUCCAGGGAACAUCCAGCAUCUUCCCACCGGCCUGCUGGGCGCACGGCCCGGCCUGAUCCCACUACAGCGCCCCCCAGGCCCGGCUCAGCCUCAUAUGCAGCGCUUCCCUCCUCCUCCCCCUCCCCCUCCAGGCCCCGGGUCCCCCAUCUCCAGCCCUCAGAUGAUGCUCAGGGCUCCUCACCCUCCCAUCAUGCACCAUGAAGGCCCUCCUCCCAAACCUUUCCCUCCACCCGCAGGUCCCCCUCCGUUCAUCCGACCUGCGGCUCCGUGUGUCCCCGACGGAUCCGACCAGGUGGAAGCCAGAGCCUUCAGAGGGGAGCCUGAGAGAGACUGGGACCGGGACCGGGGUCGAGACCGAGGCUUUGGAGGUGGCCGUCGGCCAUUUGGUGAUGGAGGAAGGGGAGGAGUCGGCGGCGACAGAGCCGACGGGAGGGAGCGGCUCGGAGGCUGGCAGGAUGAUGGCGCCUGGGAGCGGGAUCGAUAUCGGGAAAGAAGGGACUGGAGGGACAGGCGGAAUAGUCUGGAUGGAGAGAGGGAUGGAGGCCGAGCUGACGGGGGAGAAAGGGGGCGAGGGGAGCGCGACGGCCGAGAGCAGGGGAGAGAAGGGGAGCGACCCAAGCGCUCGGAGCGCAGGGAGAGGACCACGCGCUGGGACAAGGACGACCGCUUGGCCGAGCUCGAGAGCAUGGACCAGUUUCGGACCCCUGACAAGGCAGAUGCUGACACACAAGCCGGUGUGGCCGAGGCCUCGCAGCCCGCGGACAAGUAGCCCGACGCCCGACCUGAAGAGCUCAGCGCAGCUCAUCUACUCGGCUCGGUUUCACCGUCCUUCCGCCUGGUUCUAGUCACGUAAUGGUUUUAUUUAUCGCGAGUCACAAGCUCCUCGUGCUUUGAUUUUAGAUCUGAAAGAGCAGUCAAAUCUUCAGGAUCAGAGCGGUUCCGCCUCAAGUCACUAUUUAUUUGUCUCAUGACUCUUUCGUUCCGCUGAAGCGUCACGGCGGUCACGUCUGGUCCGUGUCUCCGGAGCGGAGCAGGGCCCUGAAAGGGGCCCGGCUGGUGGUCCAUUCACAGAUGAGCAGCUGUCCUCUGCAGUCAGCUUUCAGCAGGUCGGUGGUCUGGUGCCGGGCGGCCUCGCGUGUCGCCUCAGGCACCCAACCGUCUGGAAGUGAUGACUGUGAGAACCAGUGACUUGUCAUAUGCAACAGUCGUUACGCUCUGACUGCAACUUUGAACACGCCGCCUCCUGAAAUGGAGGACUCGAAAGAGACACCUGUGAAAAUGUCGUCGUGCUUUUUCGAACCUUUUUGUUUGAUGCACCUUGGAAGGUGAGAGGUGUGUUUGGACCCUGCACCUCGGCUUUGUGUCGCGCUCGUGAGGAAUGGACGGCUGCUUGUGUUGACCCGCGUCGCUCGAGCACUGUGUCCAGAGCUCCUGGGAAACUGCUGUAAAUAGGCUGCAGCCGCUCAGUCGGACGUGUGGGGCGCAACUGAAGGCCAACGCUCGUGGUGUUCAUGUUGAUCUGAGCCUCUCCGGCGGGGUGUUUGUCAAAGAAGACAUGACUCUCCUCAUUUCAGCCGUGUGCGGUUCUUUUUAAUAAACUAUUUUUGUACCACCGAGUGGCUGCUCACUGGCCGCUCUGACCACCUGACUGAUGCGCGGGUGACUGAAGAACUCGAGCGCUUCCUGAGGACCGAGUCCUUGACGGGAGGAAGUGGGCGAGCACGCGCAGCAGACGCUGGGCGUGUUUGACCUUUGUUCACACCUGGAGCGCUUCAAUCACCGGAAGUGGACUUCAGCCUGCUGGUUGAUCAGGCGCGG